UGUUAACUUAGUGUGAGUGCCUUACACUAAUGCAUUACAUUGGUUUCACUACCCAGAGCUGUAUUUAUCAGAUGCUGAGCGAUUGGGUUUAUCUAGACUCUUAUUUGUCGUGGCUUGUGCAGGUUUUGCAGUAUCUAUCCUUGAAAGCUGGUAGUACCUUAAUGUUAUUAAAUCGUUCUAGAGUAGUGUCUCAUCUGUACUGAUGACUAUCCAACAGCUUGAGCACCUUGUGCACUUCAAUUUAAAAUGAAAGAUGAAAUUGCUGCCACGGUCUUCUUCAUCACGAGGCUGGUGAAAAGGGAAGAUAAGCUGAGCAAGCAUAAAAUGGAGAAAUUUUCAGCUAAGCUAACAACAAUCCUGUUUGAGAAGUAUAAGAAUCACUGGUACUUGGACAACCCAUCUAGAGGACAAGCCUUUAGGUGUAUAAGGAUAAACAAACAUCAGACAAAAGAUCCACUGCUGGAGCAAGCUUGUGUGGAGAGUAACGUGGACUUCAAUAAGCUUGGUUUGCCGAAGGAGAUGACGCUCUGGGUGGACCCGUUUGAGGUUUGUUGCAGAUACGGGGAGAAGAACCGGCCCUUCACGAUUGCCCACUUUGAAGGCGAGGAGAACCCAGAGCUUUCCCAGCAGAUCAGGUAUGCUGUUGAGAGAGCAGCACUAGACUAUCAUUCUGGCAUUUCUUCGGAUGAGGAGAGCUUCAACAAGGAGCCCAAAGCUAUCCCUACUGUCAGCAAUCCUAACAGCGUCUACCAGUUCAGUGACUACUGCAAGGCACCCAUACAGCCCUGGUCUCAGUAUCUUCAUAGGAAGACCUAUAUGACCGAUGUCUCAUACUAUGCCCAGCACAGGGAUUACAAAGUCUACGGGCCAACAGCUGCUUUCGCAGGACCACGUGUCGAUAGAUACCACUGGAUCAAUACCAAGCGGUAGAUCUGUGGCUGCACGUGUUGUAGGCUCUUGAAACACUGAGCUGUGCUAUGGGAUGACGGCUGGCACUACGCAGUUUUUUCAUAAAAACAGAAAGAGCUUCCUGUCUAAUCCCUGUAUCUCUGUGCAUCUG